AACUCUCGCACUGGAGUGCUACUUGACACUGAAAUGCAAUCCCUGUCGUCACGGGAGAUUGCUUUUACACAAUCAAACAGAUUGUCGUCGGCUGCAAGGUACAGAUGCCAUCAUAACAACUAGAAGAUACCUAGAAAACUGGAAAGACAGAGGUAAAGAAGAACUGACGUUUAUCAAUUUCUGACAGCUGGCGACGGAAUCUGACAGUGAAAGUUAACGACUGCAGUCCUCACCCCGCCCCUUUCCUCCGUCUGGGAAUGCCUGGAUGUUUACACUACUGCCAGUGGUCAGGAAUGGUGAGCAGUUGAAGCAAAAGUGCUUGAGCUCAUAGCCGCUUGCCCAACUAACUCGCUGACAACAGACGUCCUUUUGUCUUCUGUUCGGAGUCUGUUUGGAGAGGCCCUCGCACUCCCAGUGCCGCUCGACCUUGGCUCGAAAAGAGGCAAAAGAUCCGCCAUCAUCACCAUCGCAAACCCCCGAUUGUGGAGGCACACAGCUAGGCUGCCACUUCCUGGGGUGUAAGGGAUUGAGCUGCUGUCAAGAUGAACGCAGAGCCACAAGGACCACAAGAAGCAACCCAGCCCUACCAGCAAGAGAUGGCCCCCCCGAUGCCGAUGGAGCCCAGUAUGAGUCAGCUGGGCAACUUCCAGAUCGUCAAGAAGAUCGGCAGCGGCCAGUUCAGCGAAGUCUACCGAGCGCUCUACCUGAUGGACAACACACCUGUGGCACUCAAGAAGGUCCAGAUAUUCGACUUGAUGGAUGCCAAAGCUCGCCAAGAUUGCAUCAAAGAGAUAGAUCUCCUUAAGCAACUAAACCAUCCCAAUGUCAUCAAGUACCAUGCCUCCUUCAUUGAGGACAACGAGCUGAAUAUCGUACUGGAGCUGGCCGACGCUGGGGACCUGUCCCGCAUGAUCAAGCACUUUAAGAAGCAGAGGAGGCUGAUUCCGGAGCGGACGGUGUGGAAGUAUUUUGUGCAGCUGUGCAGCGCACUGGAACACAUGCACUCCCGACGCGUCAUGCACAGAGACAUCAAGCCGGCCAACGUGUUCAUCACGGCCACAGGAGUGGUGAAGCUGGGAGACCUGGGAUUAGGACGCUUCUUCAGCUCCAAGACCACCGCCGCUCACUCACUAGUGGGCACCCCUUAUUACAUGUCUCCAGAGAGGAUACAUGAAAAUGGAUAUAACUUCAAGUCUGACAUCUGGUCACUAGGCUGCCUGCUAUACGAGAUGGCUGCUCUCCAGAGUCCCUUCUAUGGAGAUAAGAUGAAUCUCUACUCCCUGUGUAAGAAGAUUGAGCAGUGCGACUACCCACCCCUGCCCUCGGAUCACUACUCCGAGCAGUUAAGGAAGUUGGUAGACAUGUGUAUAAACCCCGACCCCGAGAAGCGGCCGGACAUCUGCUACGUUUACGACAUCGCCAAGCACAUGCACGCCCUGACGUUGGCCAAUCCGUGAAACCCACACACGCACCACCAUGACGUUGGCCGAUUCGCGAGGACGUCAAAGCAGCAAACCCCCUCACCCCCGCCCCCGCCCCAGUCUUCACAGUAAGGAUGCACUCCCAACUCCCCUCCUCUGCGGUGAGAACUUUCCACAAUCACUUCACACCUGAGCUUGAAUCCUCCUACGGAGUGAACUCCCAUCUUCUCUCCUCACAGUCACACCCCAGUCAAAUCCUGCCAAGCCGUGAGGACACUCAGUUUUUUUCCACACCCCAGGGAGUGAGGACAUUGCAGUUUCUCUCUUCUCCUUACAGCCACCCUCUACACACACACCUCCCCCCCCCAAUCGAGUGCUCCAAACCAGCUCCUGCUCCACCCUCCUGCUCCCGCUGAUGGCACCUGUUUGAAUCCUCCUGCUUCUUUUUAUGUCACCUGCAGCUCCUCUGAGGAGAGAUUUGACUUACAUCUUAACUCCCUCAGCGCAAAGCAGGAAAGAACGAUUGCACCUCUCAUCGCACCCCUGACUCCCUGGGAAAGAGGAAGAGAGAAAACCACCCCUCCCCUCCCCUCCCCACUGAAGGAGGUGUUAUCUCCCCAGUCACAUCUCCACAUCUCCCCCCCCCUGCCACCUGAUAUCCCCUCAGGGACCAACAGAGUUCCAGGCAUGGGGAUCAGCAGGGGGGAUUGCCAUGCCACACACAUGUACGUACACACAUGCACACACACACAUGCACACACACAUGCACACACACACAUGCACUCACACUAACACAUGCGUGCACGUACGCACGCAUGCACGCACGCACGCACGCACGCACGCACGCACGCACACACACACACACACACACACACACACACACACACACACACACACACACACACACACACACACACACCUGCCCUAUCAUUACUAUCCCCGUCUCGAUCAGUAGCUGUCUGUACUGUACAUGCGAUACACACACACACACACACACACACACACACACACACACACACACACACACACACACACACACACACACACACACACACACACACACACACACACACACACACACACACACACACACACACCUGUCUGUUUUCCCACCCAAGACUCAAUCAAAACCUUUGAACUUUGUUUUUAAAAUCAGAAGUGUUUCGACCACAUUGUACAACACAGAUAACAGGUAAUGGGUAACGGGUACCCACUCCAGCAGACUCUCAGCACCACACAAACACAGAGUGCAAUAGGAAAUACUUUACUAUGCUAAGGUAGUAUUGUAGUUUAGAGGAAAUGCAGAGUUUGUAACACAGUAGUUAUACUUAGUGUGACGCUCCGCCGUCGUAUAUAACAAUUUGGUUAUAUGAUGUGGAAGACAAAUGUUUGAGAAAAUGAUGGAAUGAUAAGUAAAUGUCCCCGUGGUGAGGCAGCUCAGUUUAAGAUGAUGGACCAGGUCUGAGAGUUCACAACAAGGGUAUUAGACCUGGGGGCGUAUUACAGAGAUGCACCAAUUGACAGGUGGAAGUUAGACCGGCUGAGUGGCUGUCCUAAAGCUACUGUCCUAAAGUUAGGGCAAUAGAAGUCGUAUAUUUCUUUGGGCUUAUUUCACAGAACCAGUUGAUGUCUUAGGAUGAGCUGAUUAUCGAAAUCCCAUGUGUUGAGAGUACAGGCAGAAGGAAUGUACGGUAGUUUUACAGCAAGGACUUUUAAUUUGUCAGUCUAGUCUUAAUUUCAUUUAGGAAUACAUUAAGGCCACCUGUAGACGUGUCUGGGUCAGUUGGUUGCAGUCAGCAUUGGAACCGUACUGUAACUUUCACAUUAAAUGUGCAUUCAUCUGUUAUAAUUGUUGUUUACGUUGACGAUGUUGCAUUGCGGCCGUGACAGUUGGGCUACAUGCUACUCGCCUUAGCAUAAUAAACGCUCAUGCAUUUUAGAUUCGAGAUGGAGUGUGCAGUGUAGAGAUGGACGAGGCGGGAUGAUUGGCAUCUGGAUUGUCAUGGAGAAAUUUGUAAAUUGAGUUUUUCCACGAAGGAAGAGAGAAGCGCAUCUCAUUUUAAUUUAAUGAAUCAUGUCAGUCAAGCCGGUUGUCAUCAAAAUGCAACAAGCAAUUACAACAAAUAAAUUCACCAGAACAACACAAACACACAAUGUCAGUAUAUGAAGGCGUGCAGUCAUAAGGUGCUGUUUGUCAUGCAGAGUCUUUCUUGAGCGCACACAGUACUACUUAGACUACAUAUCCUUAGAGUUUACCAUUGAAAAUCACGUACCUCUGUCAAGAAAUUAUUAUUGAAUUAUUGUUGAAUAUUAACCUCAUUUAUAGUCAUUUGCGGAGUUCGGCAGGUAAUUUUAUGUUAUCAUUAUUCACCAAUAAUAAUUGUAACCAGAUACACAAAAAUAAUCUUUAUUUACACACACAGAUUCCACUGAGAUCCAGAAAGCUUUGCUUCUUAUAAGUCCCGCAGCAUUUCUAAGAUUGCACCCUUGCAGAAGAAUGAAUAGGGACUUUUGAAAUUAUAUAUGGAAUUCAAUAUGUUUCGAUACAAUAGCCACUCUUUUGUCAGUUUUCACUGAAUUUCAUUUUGCAUCCCUUAGCAAGACUUGUUAAAAGAAGCACAGGAAAGACCUAUAGACUAGACACAAGACUAUUGCAUGUGUGUCUGGGACCGCAGUAGCCCACAGCCACAGAUAUAGGCCACAGAUAUAGGCAAGACAGGCCACACAGGCCUAUGGCGUACGUACGCAAUAAAUAAUAGAUGAUAUGAGAUAAUAUUUUUCCCCCCUAUGGCAUAUUUUUUUAAUGUUUAUACAGAUUAUAAUGUAAAAAAGUUAGAUUUUAUUUAGCUACGUAUGGAGGCUUUUAUGAAUUGAUGGUAUUUACUAGGUGAUUUUACGGAUAUUGCAUAGGAUGAAAGGCACUUAGAGUUUUCUCCAAUAACAUCAUACUGCGCGAUGUACUCAUAUCAUGUUAUAGUGAAAAGGCCCCUGGUCUGGCUAUGCUGUGCUCCUCUGGACCAGGAAGUAAGUGGCAGCUGGCAGUCCUCAGAGAAAUGUAUUCCUACACAUCGUGACAGAAAGGCAAGAGCAGAGACUUCCGUCCCAGACACUAUUUUUUGGACAAAUGCCAUACUACACGUACCAUCACAGGAAAGCUAUUUGCGACUCAUGCAAAGGGGCCACUGAAGUUAGAAGGAAGGUUACCUA